UGCCUGCGAGGUGAACGCUCGUCCAGCCCAGAGGAGACACUGAGACUCUGCGGCUCUGCGGCUCUGCGGCUCGAUGCUGGUCUCUGAUCGCCUUGCGGCUCUCAGGUUCCCCGCGUUGCUUAAUUAGGACAUCCCGGAAGAGCCCCCGUGCGGCGCGCAGCUGAGUGGCGGGACAGGGAAGCAGGAGGGGACCGCGCGACCGCAGCACGCAGCCAACGGAUCCGUCCGGAUACUGACAGUCCCAACGAAACAUCUGUGGACAUUUGCGGCAUCAGAGGAGGGAGUUUGUCACCAUGGAAGGUUUAAUGGAGCGGCUGGAGCACGCUGUGACUCGCCUGGAGAAGAUGUCCGUCACAAUGGCAGCGUCCAGCGGCUUGGCCAAUGGGGACUGUGUCAAUGGCAUCGAUGGAGGUUUGUCUCUGUGUGUGGAGGCCUUCGACUACCUAGUGGCAGGUCCAUUGGCAGAGUACAUGAACUACAGCUGCGCCAUCGGAAGUGAGGUGGAGAAACAUGCGGACAUGGUUAACAAGGCCGUGAAGACUCAGCAAAAUUUUCUCAAGAUGGCUGCCACGCACCAGAAACCUGCACAGAUGGAGCUGCACGACCUGCUGAAGCCAAUUUCGGAUCACAUCCAGGAGAUCCAGAGCUUCCGUGAACGAAACCGCGGCAGCAGCCUCUUCAACCACCUGUCAGCGGUCAGCGAGAGCAUCCCCGCUCUAGGCUGGGUGGCUGUGAGUCAGAAGCCGGGUCCCUAUGUGAAGGAGAUGAACGAUGCUGCCACCUUCUACACCAACAGAGUGCUGAAGGACUACAAGGAAACCGACAGGCGUCAUGUCGACUGGGUGCGUUCUUACCUUUCAAUCUGGACCGGGAUGCAGUCCUUCAUCAAACAGCACCACACCACAAGCCUGGUGUGGAGAAAGAGUGGCCCCAUUGCUCCUCCUCUCGUUGACCCCCCCAGUGCUCCCUCCUGUCAUCCUCCGCCUCCUCCCCCCGGCCCACCUCCGGUCUUCACCGAUGACGACUCCCAGCCUCAGGCGGGCAGUGCGGUGGCCCAACACUCAGCACUCUUUUCCCAGCUCAACCGGGGCAUGGACAUUACAAAAGGUCUGAAGCACAUAUCAGAUGACAAGAAGACCCAUAAGAACUCCAAUCUGCGUUCGCAAGCAACACCGACCAAAACUAAAACCAAUUCCUCAGGGACCGCGAACUCAGCCAGGGCAGCAGUCCAGAAAAAGCCCCCUCUGCUGGAGCUUGAGGGGAAAAAAUGGCGGGUGGAGAACUUUGAGCAGAAACACGACCUGACGAUUGAGGAGACGGAGCUAAAACAAGUGGUCUACGUCUUUGGCUGCAACAACUCCACCCUUCAGAUUAAGGGCAAAGUUAACUCCAUCAUCAUAGACAACUGCAAGAAGCUGGGUUUGGUUUUUGAGAACGCCGUUGGGAUUGUGGAGAUCAUCAACUCCAAAGGGAUUCAGUUACAGGUGUUGGGAACAGUUCCCACCAUUUCCAUCAACACGACGGAGGGCUGCCAGGUCUACCUCAGCAAGGACUCCCUCAAAUGUGACAUCAUCAGUGCCAAGAGCUCCGAGAUGAACAUCCUGAUACCAGAAGAUGAGGAAUAUAGGGAGUAUCCAGUACCGGAGCAGUUCAAGACCGUUUGGGACGGCUCAAAACUGGUGACAGAGCCGACUGAAAUCGCAGGCUGAUUGAUGCUUCAUCUUCAUUACCACUGUGUUAUUAUUGUGUUUAUUUUUCAUAAUCUCUAUCAGAGAUAUAAAAGGGAUUAUUACUACGACAAAAUAACUUUUGGUUCACUUGUAGUUCCUGUAUUUGUGACUUCAUGUCUCACAAGCUCUUUGAAACUGUUGAUUAUGAAGAAUCAGUGAGAAGGUUGAUUGUCCCUCUCUCCAAAACACAUCCCCUCAGAAUAAAUGGAUAUCUCAGGAUUUGAGCCCUAAAAAAACACCUUUAUUUACCUUUUCUUAGAUUUCUGUGCCUUGCAAAUAAAGGCAUUUAUGUAAGACUAUGUAACUAUUAAAAUAUAAUCUAUUAUAUUUCAACAUUGUUACUACUGUACCGUUUGAGAGUAAAAGCACCAUUUAGACCACAGGUGUAAAACAAUAUUUUCUAGAAAGGCUCAAGAUUACAUAACAUGCACACAUGACAGGCAAAAAUAACUUGUGUUAAGUAUUGGACUACUUGAUAUAUUUUCUAUUUAAUGAAAUAUAUCUUAUUUAGCUUUUUAAAUGUGUAUUGUAUAUGGUAGUCACGAUUCAUGUAUUCUGCUACACCGCUCACUAUAUUUUGCAUUAAGGACAGAUGUCAGUCGUGAUAGCGUAUGUAUUAUAAAAAUCAAUUUGGUCAGACAAAUAUAACUGUCAGAUUCUGAAGGAGUUAUUAAUUCAACUUGAAAUAAUAAACCAAAUAUUGGCUCGUUAUUUCUGUGAAUACUUAGAUAUCAAGUGAUGGUCUUGUACUGCAUUUAUACACUUUAAAAACUGAUGGUAGUAGUAAUUUUCACACUUGAGCACUUCCUCCACCUUGUACUAAGAUGUAGCACAUGGCACCAGCAUAAAUAAAAAGAUAGUAAUUACCACUAAUGUGUUUCAAUUUUUUUAAUUAACGUGAAAGCAAUUUUAUGUAAUUGUGUAUCAUUUUUCAAAUAAAAUCAAAACCCUUUGUUC